CUGUUUUUGUCUCCUCCAAUUUCUUUACUGCAAAGCUACUCUUGGUACCAUUACUAGAUCUGGAAAUUUCUUUCUUUUUUUCUUUUCCAUUUAUUUAUCAAGUUCCUAUCAUUUCUACUUUUGGGUUUGUUGAUUUCAAGCUGGAUUUGUUAUAUCACUUUGUUUCAGAAUCUGAAGGUUGGUCUCCUUUCUGGAAUUAUAUUCUGAUUUAUUGGAAGAAUACAUACGUAUAGAUAUAUAUAUUUUUUAUUUUUUCAUGUAACUGGGUAAUUUUGUGUGUAGGCUUUGGAGAUAAUUAUCUCCUUGAAGAAAGUGAUAUGAGCAUGGAUUAUCUGAUUCUUUUUUGUAGAUUUAUUUCCUUACUAAAAUUUUUAGAAGUUUGUAAAUUUUGUUUCUGUUCACUAUAUUUGUUCCUUUUUACAUUUAUGUAUUCAAUCAUGGACUGCUGCCAGUAAUUGAAUCUGGUUGGUCAUCAUCAACUGAGUAUGUGAAGCUGGGUUUUGUUCAAUUCCUCGGCCGCCUUUUCAUAUUGUCUCGUAUUUAAGUUUAGGAUGCACUCUUAACAUAAAAUGUCUUUUAUGUCUCUGUCGAUGCUUAGUUUGAAUGGAAUCCUAAUUUUUGUAUGUAUUUGUAAUAAUAUUUGUUCCGUUUUCCUUUGUUAUCUCAAAAGGUUCGUUCUUUGAAUGAACCGUUUCUACACAGUUUAAUGUUUUUCGUGUCCUUGUUUCUUGAGUAAAUGUUCGUAUAUUUCAAUUUUAAACAUGUACUUGGAUAGAUAAACCCAUCACUGUUUGAAAUUUCAUUUUGUUAUAAUGCUUCAGGUGUAUAAACAAUUUACAAUAUGGAGGGUAUCGUAGUAAGAAGGGUUAUUCCCUCAGACAAUGGUUGCCUCUUCAAUGCGGUCGGGUAUGUUAUGGAUCAUGAUCAGAAAAAAGCUCCUGAAUUGAGACAGGUUAUAGCUGCAACGGUAGCAAGUGAUCCAACUAAGUAUUCUGAAGCAUUUCUUGGUAAAUCGAAUGGAGAGUAUUGUGCUUGGAUUCUUGACUCAGAGAAGUGGGGAGGUAUGUAAUGGAUCAUGACCAGAAAAGGCACCUGAAUUGAAACAGGUAUAUGAACAUUCAAGGCUUAACAACACAAACAUGUCCAAGCCCACACAUGAAACUAAGGGGUUUAACUCGGAGUUUCAAGGGUGGUACAACAUGAAACCUCUUCCACUUUCGGGGUCAUUGAAGGCAAAUCCUACGUCAUCGUUUAGCUCUGUGGACUCGGAGACAUUGUUGAAAAAUAUCGAUCAAGUCCGCGGGAGACUCGACUAUGAGACGGGCAUCGCUGAGUAUUGGAACCACAAGCUAAUGAAGGCAGAAACAGAGCUUGUGGACCUCAACGAUGAAGCCAACGAAGCGCCCUACCGUGCAAGUAAGCAAAAAACAAAAGCUGACACGUCCAGAGAAAGGAUCACAUUCCUAAAUUUUGAAUUGUUCCAAAAGCAUUGGGGCCAUAUUGAGUUGUACGAGUGUUCUCUGGAGGGAAAGGUCGAAAUGGAGAAGGAAUGCUACAAGGGCUUUGAGGAUUCUUGUCGACUAGCGAAGGGAAAGGAACCGCAUAAACCAUAAUGGAAUUAUAUGACAUUUUAUUGUCGUGCAAUGUAUUAGAUAAGUAUUUUAUGAUAAUAAACAUGCGUACUAUGUAUC